AUGAGCAGCAACCUCUUCGAAGCAAAGGUCAAGAGCGUGAUUUCGGGCGAUACUGUCGUUCUCCAUAACAUCAAGGACCCAAAAGCCGAACGCAUACUCAGCCUAGCUUUCGUAAGUGCGCCACGGCUACGACGGGAGGGCGAUGAGCCGUUUGCCUUUGAAUCACGCGACUAUCUCCGCCGCCUUCUCGUAGGCAAAGUCGUACGCUUUCAGGUUCUCUACAAGAUUGCCACCGGAGCAAAUCGCGAAUAUGGCCUCAUCGUUACGCCGAACAAGGAAAUUCUGCCGCAACAAGCCGUCGCCGAGGGCUGGGUGAAGCUGCGAGAUGAUGCUGGCCGCAAGGAGGACUCGGACGAAGCUGCGAAUCUGCUUGAGAAGCUCCGGGUGGAUGAGGCUCGCGCCAGGGCAGAUUCCAAGGGUGUUUGGGCUGAGACAGGCGGCAGGAUCGCCUCAUCCUCCGAGCUGAGCGACCCGCGGAAGUUUGUCGAGCAGCACAAGGACCAGGAUAUCGACUCGAUUGUCGAAAAGGUGCUAUCUGGUGACCGUCUCAUCGUACGCCUUAUGCUCUCAUCCACCGAGCAUGUACAAACCAUGGUUCUCCUGGCUGGCGUCCGCGCACCAGCGACGCAGCGAACGAAUCCUUCGGAUGGAAAGGUACAACCGGCUGAGCCAUUCGGCGAUGAGGCACAACAGUUCGUCGAGACAAGGCUGCUACAGCGUGGUGUCAUUACCAACGUACUCGGCACCACACCCAACGGACAGCUCGUGGCAGACGUUAAGCACCCCACACAGGGCAGCAUAACCCCGUUCCUGCUCAAGAACGGCCUAGCAAAGUGCACCGACCACCACACCACUCUCCUCGGCCAGCGCAUGGGUAUACUCAGGGGCGCCGAGAAGCAGGCAAAGGAUGCGCGGUUGGGCGUGUACAAAGAACACGUUGCGCCAAAGAUCAGCAGGGCUGGCGAGCAAGAAGCCAUUGUUAGCCGCAUCCAGAGCGCUGAUACCCUCUUUCUGCGAAACAAGGCAGGCACAGAGAAGCGCAUCAACCUUAGCAGUGUCCGUCAACCAAAGCCCACCGACCCGAAACAAUCGCCAUGGGUGGCAGAAGCAAAGGAGUUCUUGCGCAAGAAGCUGAUCGGCAAGCACGUCAAGUUCCACGUCGACGGAAAGCGACCAGGAACCGAGGGCUACGACGAGCGGGAAAUGUGCACCGUCACUUUCCAGAACAAGAACGUUGGCCUGAUGCUUGUAGAGAACGGUAUGGCUUCAGUCAUCCGCCACCGACAGGAUGACACGGACCGCAGCCCCAUUUACGAUGACCUCCUACUCGCCGAGCAGACUGCGCAAGACGAGAAGAAGGGCCUCUGGUCGGAUAAGGGACCCUCUGUCAAGCAGUACGUUGACUACUCAGAGUCGCUCGAGAAGGCCAAGCGUCAACUCACCCUGCUUUCACGGCAACGCAAGGUGCCCGGUAUCGUCGACUUUGUCAAGUCUGGAUCCCGUUUCACCGUUUUGAUCCCUCGCGAGAACGCCAAGAUCACACUCGUCCUCUCCGGUAUCCGCGCACCACGAUCAGCGAGAAAUGAGACCGACAAGGGCGAACCCUUCGGCAAGGAGGCUCACGAGUUUGCGAACCGACGGUGCCAGCAGCGUGAUGUUGAGAUUGAUGUCGAGGACUGCGACAAGGUCGGCGGCUUCAUCGGUACUCUCUAUAUCAACCGCGAGAACUUUGCCAAGACUCUGGUUGAGGAGGGUCUUGCUACUGUGCAUGCCUACUCAGCAGAGAAGUCUGGCAACGCAAACGAGCUUUUCGCAGCGGAGCAAAAGGCCAAGGACGCGCGCAAGAACCUAUGGGAGAACUACGAUCCCUCUCAAGAAGAGGAAGGCGAGGAUGUGCCAGCUGUCGAGGCUACCAACGGCGACACUGCACCCUCAAAAAAGGCCGACUACCGCGAUGUCAUGAUCACACACGUCGAAGACGAUGGCAGGCUCCGGUUGCAGCAGAUCGGCAGUGGUACAUCAGCGCUUACAUCGCUCAUGAAUGCGUUUGGAAAGUUCCAUCUCAACCCCGCCAACAGCUCCAGCCUGCCCGAUGCUCCCAAGGCUGGUGAUUUCGUAGCAGCCAAGUUCACUGCCGAUGACCAGUGGUACCGUGCGCGCAUCCGACGCAACGACCGUGAGAACAAGAAGGCCGAGGUUGUCUACAUUGACUAUGGUAACUCCGAGACGAUUCCAUGGUCGCGUCUCCGCCCACUUUCACAGCCCGAAUUCCUGCCAUCGAAGCUGAAGCCUCAGGCUAUUGAGGCCCAGCUGGCGUACAUUCAGCUCCCUGGCAACUCUGAGUAUCUCGCAGAUGCCGUCUCUUUCAUCGCCCAAGAAACUGCCGACCGCGAGCUGGUAGCCAGGGUCGAAGCAACCGAGAAGGACGGUUUGCUGUGGGUCACCCUCUACAACCCCGACCAGAGCAAGGACGGCACAGAGAGCAUCAACGCCGACAUCCUAAGCGAAGGUCUCGCCAUGGUGCCCAAGAAGCUGCGGCCAUUCGAGCGCAGCGGUGGUGCCAUCCUCGCUGCUAUGAAGAAGAAGCAGGAUGUGGCCAAGGAGGAGCGUCGCGGCCAGUGGGAGUAUGGUGAUCUGACUGAGGAUGACUAGACAGCGACCUAACCUGUUUCCACGACCUGUUAACAUGAUAUCUACUGCGGCAGAGAAAAAGUUUGCCUUAUUAGGGCCUAUUGCGGCAUGAUAUGAUGAUGAUAGCAAAA